AUGCCGACAUUUAUGUGGAGUAUUGGACUAGUCAACACACUCACCCAGUUCCUCUACCCACCGCCGUACAGUUUCAACACCGUCACUGUUGCCACGUUUUACUUUGCCCCUACAGUUGCCUGUGUCCUAGGUGACUUCUGGGGCCGAUGGUUCAACGACUUCCUCGCAAACCGGUACAUCCGUAUCCACGACGGGUCAUGGAAGCCAGAAAUCCGUCUUUGGGCAACUUGGCCGGCAACCGUGAUCGGAAUUUGCGCUCUCGUCUUGACCGGACAAACGCUCCAGCAUCAUUUGCACUGGAUUGGCCUGGCAUUUGGCUGGGCGUCUUCGGUCCUCAAUUUCUGGAGAACCACAGGCGGAUUGACGGUCGUCUACUUCCAGAUUCAAUGGAUCGAAGCCAUCGGUUUCGCUGCUACCUUUGGUUGCCAGGCCGCCAUUUGCGCAGUCGCUUUUAUCUUCACUGUUGUGACACAAUUUUACGGCAAGUCUUGGAGGAACCGAUUUCCGCCACCCAUCGCGGAGAACUAG